AUGAGCAGUGUCCUGGAGGAGGGCAUGAAGCGCCUUGCCGUGUCCACAGCGACUGAUGCGUUUGCGGCAAAGGAGCCCUUCUCUAUUGUCUUUAUUGGCCAUGUAGACGCCGGUAAAUCGACCCUUGGUGGCCACAUCCUGUAUGCAACGGGUCAGGUGGACCAGCGUACUUUAGAAAAAUACGAGCGCGAGUCCAAAGAGCUUAAUCGUGAAUCGUGGUAUUUAUCGUGGGCACUGGACACAAACCAAGAAGAACGUUCAAAAGGCAUCACCGUCGAGUGUGGAAAGGCAUCUUUUGAGACGGCUCGUCGUCGCUUCACUAUUCUCGAUGCUCCAGGACACAAGAAUUAUGUGCCAAACAUGAUCAGUGGAGCUGCACAGGCAGAUAUUGCAAUCUUGGUCAUCUCGGCACGUAAGGGCGAGUUUGAGACGGGGUUUGAACGCGGGGGACAGACGCGCGAGCACGCAAUGCUAGCCAAAACACUUGGCGUCCGCCGGAUUGUUAUCGUCGUCAACAAGAUGGAUGAUUCCACCGUGCAAUGGUCUGAGAUUAGAUACAAGGAAAUCGUUUCCAGACUGACAACAUUUCUCAAGGGAUGUGGCUUCAAGGAGCGAGAUUGCGAUUUUCUACCACUUUCCGGCUUCACAGGGGAUAACCUCGUCGAGCGAAUCAAAAAGAGCAUUUGUGCUUGGUAUGAUGGGCCCUCAUUGUUACAACUUCUUGACGAACUGCCCUCAUGGGAGCGGAAAGUCGAUGCACCCUUCAUGAUGCCCAUUUCUGAAAAGAGCAAGGAUAUGGGCACACUUCUUUCGGGGAAGAUCGAAUCGGGCUCGCUUGUUCGUGGGUCGCACCUUUUGGUGAUGCCUAAUAGGCGAGAGAUUGAAGUGACCUCCAUAUUUUUUGAAGGUUCAGGUGAGGUUGAGGCUCAACGUGCGUCUUCUGGCGACAUUGUUCGCAUCAAAGUAAAAGGAAUUGAGGAGGAAGACGUCUCGCCAGGAUUUGUACUUUGUGAUGUGGAUCGUCCAAUUUCCGUGGUUACUCGCUUCAUGGCACAGAUGAUGAUAGUCGAGCACAAGAAUAUCAUAUGUCCGGGAUACACUGCUGUUAUGCAUGCCCACUCGCUAGUCGAAGAGGUUACCAUUAUCAAGUUUCUUUUCCUACUUGAUCCGAAGACUGGGGAGAAAACCCAAGCAAAACCAAAAUUUGCAAAGCAAGGCCAGACGCUCAUUGUCGAUAUCAAGUGUUCAGGCCCCGUCUGCUUAGAGACGUUUGAAACGCACCAGCAACUGGGUCGCUUCAAUCUCCGCGACGAGGGAAAGACCAUUGCAAUUGGCAGGAUUCUGCGCUUAGCUUCCUCCUCUGCCCCUACUGACUUGCAUGUCAGUCAAUAA